UACCCACUAUUUAGAUUAGCAUAUUUUACGAUACCAUUUGCACUUCAGUGAUGCUACUAUUCAAAUAGUCAAUUUAAAUAUUAUCUUGGUACCUUUCAUUUUCAUAAAGUCAUGUGACACAGUCCCUCUGAAUUAUGUUUAAGUGUUCAGCCUGAGUCUCCUCACACUGCGUGUGGAAAGUCUACAUUAUCCUGUCUGUUCUCGUAUAUGAACUCUUCUAAAAAGAAUUGGAUUUCCUGCAUCAAGUCCUCACCAUGUGCAAGUGUUGCAGCAUCAAAUGCUGGUUUAUUUUUUUCAAUAUGGUGUUCUUGGCAUCUGGGGUUGCCCUCAUCGUUAUCGGAGCGCUGCAAUACUCCACGUACUCAGAGAUGGGCUCGUUUGCUGGGAGCAGUCUGUCUAAAAUUGCUAUAGUCCUCAUUGCAGUGGGUGUCGCCAUUGCCCUCAUCUCCUUCAUGGGCCAUAUUGGGGCAUGCACUAAUAACUUUUCUAUGGUGGCUUGUUUCGUCUGUAUCUUGUUGGUGAUCAUCAUUUUGGAGAUACUCACAGGGGCCGCCUUUUACAUAUUUCGCAGCAGGGUUGCCCUCGUACAGAUGAAUAGUGGUAUCAACAUCAAAGCACGAGGGGCGAUCUAUGAAUACAAGCCGGAGAACAGACAUGCAAUCAACAGAAUUCAGGAAAAGUUCAAAUGCUGUGGUGCAGACACCGCCACUGACUGGUCCAGAAGUGUGGGUUGGGAAAACCACGGUGCCAUGCCAGAUUCCUGCUGCACAGUGAAGAGUGAGGGGUGUGGAAAAGACAAGUCAAAAGUACACAAAGAGGGUUGUAUCCAGGCUAUCAAGCUCUUUCUGUUGAAGAAUCUAGUGAUGGUCGGUGCUAUCUGCAUUGCUCUUGGAGUCACAGAGGUUUUUGGAUUAUUAGUUGGGGUGUGCUUGUGUCUGCACAUAAAACGAAAAAGCUAUGAAAACCUCAGCUGAUGCGCCUUCGUGUCCAAGCACAGAUGUCUUCACACAUCUCUAAAAGGGUUUUUAUGUUUUGUUUUUGCUUAAAUUGAUCUAAUUGGUUUGCUUUUCCAAUGCUUCAUUAUAUCCAAACUGCCUUUUCUUCUCAUAUGUGACAUAAAGAUUCAAAUGUAGUUGAUAAGAAAAUUAUACUGUAUGUGUGCACUAUGUAUGUCAAUGUGUGAGAAAACAUCUAAAAAGCAUCUUAUUGCUGCUUGUAUCCUGGCCAGUUGUGACUGUAUUUUUACAACAAAUAUGAUGAUCUAUGACAUUGAUAAUAUUUGUUAUGAUAGUUACACAUUUGAAUGUCAUGCUUACUAUGCUAAUAUGCUCAAU